GCCGCGGAGCCAGUAGCGGCGCAGCGCGAGCACGAACCGAACGUCGCGCGCUCCUCCCUCGCACGAUAACGCGCGGAUCUGCAUUAAAAAAAAAAGAAAAUUUCUCGCUCUCUUCCUGUUUUAAAAAAAAGGGGGCAAUGGUGUGCUAUUGUCAGGUUUCCCCUUAAAUUGGACCCUCGCUCCUCUGACCGGGCUGCUGCGUCGCUGUCGGUUCUCCGCGGAGCCGCCGCCGCACCGCACCGCAGCGCACCGCACCGCACCGCACCGCACGGAGAUGACGGGACUUCACUCGCAGCCCGGGCUCCACUUGGGAUGGCUUGUCAAACAAUGGCUGACCCACGGGCCAAUCACCUCCCCGGGUCCCAGCAGCUGGAUGCAAAGCAUCUGAACCUCGUUGGCCGGGCGUCGUCGAGCCCCAAAGAACUUACCCUCAUACGGGCUUUGCGAAGAGAAACCACGCGGAUUCAUUAAACUGUGGACAUUCGUGAACCCGACCCCCCCCCUCCCCCUGUGUCCAGCUGAGGGGAAGGAAGCCACACUCAUUGAUUAUUCAACUGCGUCAACAUGUUUCUCCCCACGCGGAGGAAAAACCGGACUUUCGCUCUGCUGUUUUGCGUCAUCACCUUCACAACGUUCCUCUUCAGCUACACCCUCAGGGACCCGUCGGUCGACUUCUUCCGGCACGCUUUUCGCCUCUCGGACGGCCUUUUCUCCAAAGGGCAGUGCUCCUGCGCGCGGUGCGUGGCGGAGGCGCAGGACGGCGACGACGGCGGCUCCUGGUUCGCCGAGCGCUUCAAUCGGUCGGUGCACCCUCUGAUGACGAGGGACAACAGCGUCCUCACCGAUGACACCUUCAAAUGGUGGCAGUGGCUGCAGGCGGAGAGGCGGCCGGCCAACUUCAGCGAGGUGGUGGAGGAGCUGUUCCGAGUCAUCCCCGACGAGGUGCUGUACGCGGACGCCGGCCCCAAGCGCUGCAGGACCUGCGCCGUGGUCGGGAACUCCGGGAACCUGAAGGGGGCCCAGUACGGCGCCCUGAUCGACUCCUUCGAUUUCGUCUUAAGGAUGAACCAGGCGCCCACGGCUGGUUUUGAGGAAGACGUGGGUGCCAAAACAACACAUCAUGUCAUGUAUCCAGAAAGUGCCAAAGACCUGGACAACACCACCAGACUGGUGCUGAUCCCCUUCAAGACUCUGGACCUGCAGUGGAUCAUCAGUGCCCUGACCACGGGCACCAUUAAACACACAUAUGCACCUGUAGCAUCCCGGAUUAAGGCAAACAAAGACAAAGUGUUGAUCUACAGUCCGACGUUUUUCAAAUACGUCUUUGAGACCUGGCUGGAAGGUCACGGCCGAUAUCCCUCCACCGGCUUCCUCAGCUUAAUGCUGGCCGUCCACAUAUGCGACCAAGUCAGCGUGUUCGGAUUCGGCGCGGACCAGUACGGGAACUGGCACCACUACUGGGAGGAGAGCAAUCUGUCCGGAGCGUUCCGGCACACGGGGGUCCACGACGCAGACCGCGAGUACAACGUCACGCUGCAGCUGGCGGACAAGCACAAAAUCACAUUGUUCAGAGGCAGGUGAUGUUGCAGCAGGGGGGGGCGGGGGGGGGCGACGCCGCCAAGAAACACACCUCAGAAGCCUUUGACAUCAGGGGGUUUCUAUUUGGGUUUUUAUUUCGCCUGGAGCUUUUCGGUUUGAUUUUCCUGAAGUCCUUCUUGGGUCUGACAGGCCAUCAAAAAGACAAAAGCACUGCCAUUGGUAUGCAUCGCACCCGGACAAAGCGAGUCAUGUGACGCGCCUCGGGAGGACAGCUUUUGUACCGUUUUGCACAGUCUUUUGUCGUGUGUGUUCAUGGUCACUGACGAUAGAUUGUACUGAUUGUGCAUAUUGUAAUACAGCCUACGAACAGGUGCCUUAUCGUUCAAAUAGACACUGUACAUUUGUCAUUUUACAAUGUGUGAUCAAUAAAAAGUAGUUUUUAAGUGCCUUUAAUGGUGAGGUUUAUCACCUUCAAAAGACUGGUUGUGAUUUUGUUUCCUCAGAAUGAGCGGUUUCUAACUUUCACAUCUAGGUGCCGCCAAUUCCUCCACCCUGCCUUUUUAAAGUGUCUCAUGAACAGAGAACGAAAGGUUGGGUCGGACACAAAUCUGGCUUUAAUUAAAGCCAGCUCUGUUAUCCAGGCUUUAAAUCACUAGCGGUUUUUGUUGUAGAUGUGUGAAGGCCUUAUGAAUAAAUAACGAUUCGAAGAACAAUACUUGGAAUGCUUCAAAGCAUUCCAACAAUUACAAAAAACGUUUGGAUGAAAUAUGUGACCAGGCGUCAAGUAAUUUAUA